AUGGCUGUCCGCGGAGAGCGGUUUCACAUCAACCUCUCUUCUGACGAUGAGGAUGACAAUGUUCAUGGCUGUCCCUCCCUUGCGUCCCCUUCCCUCGAUUUCGUGGGGGAUGUCAGAGAACGAGCUCCCUCGGCUGCACCCCUGCCGCCUGCUCCCCUACGACUGUCCUCUGCAUCUACCGGUUUUCCAGAGCACCGGAAACGUUCCAGGAUAUCUGCUUUUAAACAGCAAAGGGCAGACAGAGAUUCAGCGGCUUAUAAACAGCCGCCGCCACGUCGUGCUUCAACGACGCCGGGAGCGAGCCUUGCGUCCUCGACCACCGCGGAGAAGAACUCUAUAGGUGAGGAAAACAAAAGGAGACUGGCUGCCAUGUCUCCUGCUGAGAUUGAACGGGAGCGUGGAGAACUGAUCUCUGCGCUCCCGCAAUCGCUCAUCGAACGACUCCUACGCAGAGCCAACAUCGACGAAGACCACCAGCAGGAGGGCAUCAGACCUGCAACUAGUAAGGAGAAUAAAGACGGCAGUUGUACUCCAAAACAACAACCGGAACAAUCAGGGGGUACAUCUACUUCUGCGCAACCCACAAAACCCAUCAAUUCCGUCUCAUUCGACGUCCCCUCAUCGUCACCACCGCCAACGACAGAGAACCAAUCCUCCCAGCAAGCUACUACCACAGAAGACCUCCCACCCCACCACCCCCCAUCCGAACUCUACUCAGCCUCUGCAUUCCCAACCGGCCCCAUCCACUUCCCCAGACCACCACCUCGCCAGUCACCAAUGCCAAACCUCGACCCUUCCUCCCCUUCCUUUUUCGAAGACCUCCAAACCCACUACUUCCCUGACACCCCGCACGACCCCUCCCUACUCUCCUGGUUCCAACCCGACUCCUAUUCAUCCGCCACCGACUACGGCCCGUACCCGCCGGCAUCCCCCUACCACCCCGACAGCUCCGCCACCUCCGUCUCCCCAGCGUCCCUCCGCUUCUCUCUCGCAGGCAACAUUCUAGCCCCGCGCACGUCGCUCGCAAUCCCGACGACGUUGGGGUUGCAUCACCAUGCGCACGACCCUGAGGCGGCGGGAUAUACGAUUUCUGAACUUGCCAUUCUGUCUCGCUCGUCGUUCCCUGCGCAGCGGUGUUUGGCGUGGCAGGUCCUUGGGAGGCUGCUGUAUAGAUUGGGGCAGGGGGAGUUUGGGGAGGAGGGGAGUACCCUCGUUGAGGGUUUGUGGAGUGCUGUGGAGAGGGAGGGCGUUGUUGCCGGGAUGCUGGCGGAGGCUGCUGCUGGUGGUGGUGGUGGUGGUGGUGGUGGUGGUGGGCCGAAUGCUGCGGGUAGGAUUGGGAAGCAUGCUAGUGCGAAGGCGUGGGCGACGGAGGCUGUGUGGCUUUGGAGACGGGGCGGAGGUGGGGAGAGAGGGCUGACGAGGGAAGGGGCUCUGAGGUCGAAGUAG